AUGAGCUUCAUACACAGCUGCAUCGACGACGGCGCGGCCUUCACCGGCCGUCUUCGACCCGGACAGCGUCCCGCGUCACUCCACCAAGUUGCGAUCAGGAAUGCGCACGACCGCAGCGCUGCCGAACCGAGCCCGAUAUCCAAAGUCGACAAUUGGGUUCACGCAAUCGAUGACGGACCUCUAUCUCCACUAAACGACCGUCCCCACCGCUUGAAGCCUAUCCCGAAAGCUGCCAAUAGGAGCCGGGGGUCGGAGGCAGGGACUGAUCUUCUGAGCCAUAUCGAUGAUGGCGGAGAGAUUAUUGCGCAAGGCCAGAAGAUACAGGCUACCCAAGCCACCGCCCAAAGACGAUACUCCGCUCCUCCUCUUGUACGAUCCAGCCUCACGGCCCUCCGAGUCCCACAAGUCCAACUUAUCGCACCCCAAGUAACCAAGGAGCAAUCGAAAGGGACGAGACCCAGAAGUGUCUCCCGCGUUCACUAUCCUGAAGUUGAGAAGACAGCCUUGCAAGACAUUCGUAGCACGAUCAGGAACAUCGAAUCGCUUGCCGCCGCAGUGGUGGCCCCAGGAAUUCCAAAGACCAUCCGCUCCAUACGUACCAUCACACCGCCGAGCUUGCCUACCUUUGUAAUCAAGGCUAGCAACCGCGAUGCGUCUGUAGUUGUCGAUGGACGUGGGGCGCCGAUACGGGAACAGCCUUUAUCUCGUAGGAGCUCAGGCAGUGAUCGAAUGACUGAUGAAGCCAUCGAGCUACCUGAGUAUCCCGUUUUCGCUAACAAAGUUCGCCCCGUACCCAAAUCCGCGAAAGUCAAAUCCAGGAAGGAGCAGCUGGAGGACGAUGACCUUGGCUCGGGUAACUGGGAUGCCGAGCCGGAGAAUGAAGGGAACCCUGAUGGGGAUGAUAGUGGUCAACGCAACCAGACCAAAAGCAAAAAGGGGAAGAAGCAGCAGGGACAAGCAAAUCAGAAGAAGCAAGCGAAGACGAAGCCCGCAUCGUCAACGUGGGCUAAGAAGGAGGGCAACGAUGGACAUGCUUGGGGUGGUAUUUUCGAUGAUGAUGACGAUGGUCUUGUCAUUUCACCGGAUAUAUCGCCCCCUCCUUCCGACGCUGAUGUGUGGAUGAGUGGCGGACUGGGAAUACCGUCCCCACCUGGAUUGGUUACAGGCAAGGAGUCUGCAAAAGAGAACCCGACUAAGAAGCAGAAAGGCAAAGGAAAGGGUGCACCGAAUACGGGAGAGGGCAAGAAGGGUAAGAAAGGCAAGCAGGGCAAACAGGGCAAGCAAUCAAAUGAGAACAAGCUGGACACCAUUCUUGAAGCCGUCGAGAAUGAUACCAAGGACAAAACUGCCGACAACAAUGCCCUUUGGGGCAAUGCUGGAGUUACAAGUAUGCAAGCUGGCAAUACAUAUAUGCCAUGGUCCACCGUCCCUCAGCAACAAACCGGGAUGGUAAUGCAAAUGGCACACCCAGACGUCCCCCCGCAGUCAUUCGCCUACGGUUAUGGUUUUCCCGUUCCUCUUGGAUCCCUUCCGACGGAUAUUCCACCUCAAGACGCUAAUAACUCUGCUCCAAACCCUGAUGCCGACGGCCAGAAAUCCGGCCAGUCCAAUUACAAGGCUCCUACUGUCGAGACGUUGUCUUCUAGUCCAUCUACAGGCAAGACGCCAGGCGGUAACAGAAAUAACGGAUACGAUGACGAUGAAGGAUACACGAAUGCUGUCUGGGGUGGCAUUCUCGUCAGGGUCGCAGAAUGGAAACUCAACAAGCCCUGA